AUGACCAUUGAACUACUUAAGGAAUUGUCACACAGACUUAAUUUUACAUAUGAACUCAUACAUCCACCAGAUGGUAAAUGGGGAGUGGCAUCGAACGAUAACAUUUGGAAUGGUAUGUUAGGACAGUUGCAACGUAGAGAAGUAGACUUGGUUGCAGCACCACUUAUCAUAGAUGCACACAGAGAAACAGUAGCAGAUUUUACACAGCCAUAUUUUCAUGAAAAAUCAGGAAUCAUUAUAAAGAAACCUGUUCAAUCACAUUCUACGAAAUUAGUCGACCCGUUAAAUCCUAUGGUGUAUCUUUGUGUUGGAAUUACUCUGCCAGUAAUAACAUUUCUUCUGUUUCUGUUUGAAAAGUAUAAUCCGUUUUACAGACAAGUACCAGGUAGAAUGAAGAUCAGGGGACUUCACCAUUUCUCUGAUUCGUUCUGGUACCUUUAUGGAGCAUUACUUUGCCAAGGAGGAGAGCACGUGGCAGCUUCUUCAGCAGGAAGGACACUCCUUAGUUGUUGGUGGAUAUUCUGCAUCGUUAUAAUAACCACUUACAGUGGUAAUUUUGUGGCUUUCUUGACCGUCUCAAAGGAAUUAUUGCCUUUCAAUGACGUAGAAGGACUAGUUGCACAAAAUACUUAUAAAUGGGGUACAGCUGGGGAAACAGUAUUUGAAACUAUUUUGAAGAAUUCAGAGCUGCCAGAACGAAGAAAGUUAUGGGAUGGUAUAUACAAAUUUAACAAGAGUGACCCGUCAGUCUUAAGUAGUGAUCCUGCUGAACAGAUACGUAAAGUUAGAGGUGGAAAUUAUGCAUUUAUUGGAGAACGGACAUACCUAGAUAUGGCUAUUGGCCAGAGUUGUGACAUGUCGGUAAUAUCAACCGAUGAUUUCCAUCCACUCCUAAUAGCUCUUCCUUUGCCGAACAAUUCUCCAUUUUUGAAAGUAUUUUCCAAUGAAAUCGUUGCCAUCAUUGAAACUGGAUUGAUUCAGACUUGGAUGUUGAAAACAUGGCCAAAGCCAGAAAAUUGUGAUACAUCAAUUACAGACGCAAAAUCCAUUAGUGUUUCGGAUUUUCAAUUUGCAUUCUAUUUAACCGGCAUUGGAGUGAUGUUAGCUGUUUUAUCGUUAAUUUAUGAAUACAUAGAACGCAGAUGUUACCAUUGGGUAGUUACCAGAAGAAAAAACGAGCAGAAGAAAAUAACAGUAUUUAAAGAAAUCUAA